GCCUGCGCGAGGGGCCAUGGCAGCCUGUCGCACCUGAGGGUGGGAGGCGGUGGUGUCCCCUUCCCUUCGGCGGGCGGGAGAGUUAGGUAAGCGGGAGGGAUGCUUCCUAAGUUCUCCUGGGGCAGGUGCAGGUCGCUCUGCGGACUGCUGCCGUGGCUUCCAAGGCGCCACGCUUCCGGCGGGCCAGAGGAUGCAUGGCGCGACGGACCCUCUGAGAUCCCGGCGUCUGUCGGCGGGACCGACCCUCUGUCACCGUCUCUCAGAUAGUUACCCAAGAAGACACCAUGAAAGAUACUGACAUCAAGAGACUUCUAUAUACCAAUCUUUUGUGCAUAUUUUCAGUUUUCCUAAGCAUUUUUAUCCCAUCCUUUUUCUUGGACAACUUCUCAAUAUUGGAAACUCACUUGGUCUGGUUGGGCACUUGCUCUGCUUUUGUGACUGGUGCCAAUCUCUUGUUAUACUUGGUAGUGAAACCGAAUGUGUCCUCUAAAAGAAGUUCAUUGUCACAUAAGGUAGCCCGAGUUGUCAGAUGCUGGCUCUACUUUCUCGCGUCUUGUUUUUUCCUUCAUAUAAUCUUUGUUCUGUAUGGAGCACCACUGAUGGAGUUGGUGCUGGAAACCUUUUUAUUUGCAGUUGUUUUGUCUACUUUUACCACAGUACCUUGUCUGUGUUUGUUAGGACCAAAUCUCAAAGCCUGGCUGAGAGUUUUCAGUAGAAAUGGAGUUACAUCUGUUUGGGAGAACAGUCUUCAGAUUACUACAGUUUCUAGUUUCAUAGGAGCAUGGCUUGGAGCAUUUCCUAUUCCACUGGAUUGGGAAAGACCAUGGCAGGUGUGGCCCAUCUCCUGUACACUCGGAGCGACCUUUGGCUACGUGGCUGGCCUGGUUAUCUCGCCACUCUGGAUAUACUGGAAUAGAAAGCAACUUACAUACAAGAACAAUUAAGAGGAGAAGGGAGAGAAGUGAUUUCUUUGUGCAGAGUCCAUAAGGGCUGUGCAGAAGUGUACGUGGUCAAAGCCGAGCCGUCCAUUUACAGCACUGUGGUUUUCUAAAUGUCAUUUCAACAUGAUGUGAUUGUAGCUUUUUAACUAUGAAACCCCUGAGAGAUUGUACCUUCUAGUUGAAAUAAAGUAUUUAUAGUA